UAACGUCUAAAAUGCCGCUUCUUCUAGCAUAACUUUCGUAUUUUCUUGUACAUGAAAAAAAAUAGACACAAUAUUUUGUGUAAAUAUAUAUUUAUAUUUAUUAUUUGUGUAAAUUUUAAAUAGUAUCGAAAGCAAAUAACAGCUGCAAAAACGAAGAAGAAGAAAAGUGAAACCAAUCUACGUUUAGUAUCUUUUUGUGUUUGUUUUUUAUUUUCAUGGAAUUUUGUCUUCGCAAUAUUUUGGACGAUUUGCUGCUGCUGGCGACUGGAGUUUGGAGUUUAUAGGAUGUUCCAAGAUGCAGGCUGAUGAAGCCAGAUAUUUGAAACGAAAAGUAAAAUGUGGCAGUAUUGAUGUCCAUCCCACUGAGAAAGCCCUGGUGGUCAAUUAUGAAUUGGAGGCUACUAUUUUGGGUGAGAUGGGAGAUGCGAUGCUUGGGGAGAGAAAGGAAUGUCAAAAAAUCAUCCGCGUGAAGAACUUGAAUGAGAACACAGAUCUGACUGCUUUGUCUCACGAAAUCAUUGACAAAUGUAAAUUAAUAUCACCAAGUAAACUACCUGAAAUUGAGCAAUUAUUGUAUUAUUUACAAAACAGAAAAGAAUCUUCACCACCUAAAGCCUCAGGUAAAACUCAGCUCUCCGACAAGCCACUUGAACCUGCCCUCACUGAUGGAACUGAAUUAGAUGAAGAAGCAAACCUCAAUGACACAGAUGAUUACUUAGAACUCCUCUACGAAGACAUACCUGAGAAAAUACGGGGUGCAGCCUUAUUUUUGCAGCUUGCAAGAAAUCCUGAUAAUCUCGAGGAACUUUUCCAUAAUGAAACCAUUGUUGGUGCUUUAGCAAGAGUUCUAAAAGAAGACUGGAAGCGUAGCACUGAGCUUGCUACACAUAUUAUUUCUAUAUUUUUCUGUUUUUCCAAUUUCUCUCAUUUCCACGGUGUCAUUCUUCAUUUCAAAAUUGGAGCCUUAUGUAUGACAGUAAUUGAUUAUGAGUUAAAGAAAUAUGAUCUUUGGAACGAUGAGAUACAGAAGAAGAAAAGAAACAUUAGUGAACUAGAAAAAGAAGAAAAAAUUAGAGCCAAGGAAGAAUAUGACAAAAGUGUGAAGAAAUUUGAGAGUGUUGUUAAAAAGCAAGAGCAAUUGUUAAGAGGUUUGUACCAACUUGGAGAAUAUCACCUGACUUGGAAACAGCUGAGGGCUGAACACUGCAUUAUCGAGAGGCUGGCCCCCUUAGUUCCCUGUGACAAUGAAGAUCUGCUUAACAUCACACUGAGGUUACUGAAAAAUCUGUCUUUUGAUUCUGAACAAAGGAGUAAGAUGAUCAAGUUUGGCCUACUGCCGAAACUUGUUAGCUUGCUGAAUAACGAAAACCAUAAAAUAGUUGUACUGGGCAUAUUGUAUCAUAUUAGUAUGGAUGACAAAGCCAAGACUAUGUUUACCUAUACUGACUGUAUCCCUGUGGUUAUGAAAAUGCUCUUUGAUAGUCCGGAAGAUACGGACAAAGAACUUCUGGCUUUGUGCGUGAAUCUUGCAGCAAAUAAACGAACAGCAGAGAUUAUUUCCGAAGGAAAUGGCCUCAAGAUGUUAUUUAAAAGAGCAUUCCGCUUUAAAGAUCCCAUUUUAAUGAAGAUGCUACGGAAUAUAUCUCAGCAUGAAGGAUUCACAAAGAAUUUAUUCAUUGAUUAUAUUGGUGACCUGAUUGAAGCAAUGAUGCAAAAAAGUCAUGAAGAAUUUGCUUUGGAGUGUUUAGGAGUGCUGGGCAACUUAACUAUUUUAGAAUUGAAUUAUGAAAUGAUUAUCAAAGAGUACAAUCUCAUAGCUUGGAUAAAAAGCAAACUUCAACCAGGUAACCAAGCUGAUGAUGUUGUCUUAGAAAUUGUUAUUCUUGUUGGCACUAUAUGCAAUGAUGACAGUUGUGCCAAACUACUCGCUGAAUCAGGAAUCAUACAAAGUCUCAUAGAACUGCUUAAUGCAAAACAAGAAGAUGAUGAAAUGGUGUGUCAGAUUGUCUACGUUUUCUACCAAAUGAUUUUUCACGAAUCAACCCGAGAAGUUAUCAUUAAACAAACUCAAGCACCAGCUUACUUAAUUGAUUUAAUGAAUGACAAGAACACUGAAAUUCGCAAAGUCUGUGAUAACACAUUGGAUAUCAUAGCUGAAUAUGAUGAAGAGUGGUCUAAGAAAAUCCAACAAGAGAAAUUCCGAUGGCAUAACUCUCAUUGGUUGGAAAUGGUAGAGUCUCGACAAAUGGAGGAUAACAAUGAAUCAUACUUGUAUGGUGAUGAAGGGAUCAACCCAUUUUUGCAUGACACAGAUAUUUUAGACAGACCUGAGCUAUUCUAUGGUACAACUGGUUUUGAUCCUGUGAUGAUGAUGGAUGGUCACCUUACUCCUGAGUACAUUGAUGACAAUGGUUUAUACAAUGGUAACCCUGAAUUUAUGAUGCCUUCAGGAAACUUAUAUAAUGUCAGGUAAAUAUUAAUUUUCUGUUUG